AAAGUAUGUCAGACUAGAAGUAGGCCAUCAUGUCAAUUGGACUUGACAGAGUGUGACCAGGCAAGUAACAUAGACCGGGCUGGAGGGUUUGGACCAGACUUGCCAAUGGAUGGUGGAUUUCUCGUACAAAUGUUUGGGGAUAUUAUGCUUAGAAAAGAACUGACAAUAUUUGUUUCGUAGAUCAUUUUUUUUUUUAAGAUAAGAAGUGCUUAAAAUUUUGGAUGAUUUGACAGAUAAAACUUUGAAGGUAAGAAAUGAUUUCUCUGAAUGCUUGAAGGUGGGGCAUGAGUAGUUCAUUGGGACCAAAGUGAACACAAGAGCUAAAACCAUCUUGACUAGGACCUACGGAAAGGAUUUAGUUUCAAUACUUAAAAUUGGCUGAGAAUUAGUUUAAAAAAACAACAAUUAAAAAUGUCUACACGUGGUAUUCGCCUUCCUUUAUCACACUGUGCUCAAAAGACAGCGGCAAACAUGUCUCUGCUAUGGCAGGCAUUCAAUAAUAUAAAGUCAAACAUGUCUCUGCUAUGGCAGACAUUCAAGAAUAUAAAGUCAAACAUGUCUCUGCUAUGGCAGACAUUCAAGAAUAUAAGGUCAAACAUGUCUCUGCUAUGGCAGACAUUCAAUAAUAUAAGGUCAAACAUGUCUCUGCUAUGGCAGACAUUCAAGAAUAUAAGGUCCAUCAUGUCUCUGCUAUGGCAGACAUUCAAGAAUAUAAGGUCAAACAUGUCUCGGCUAGGCAGACAUUCAAGAAUAUAAGGUCAAAAAUGUCUCUGCUAUGACAGACAUUCAAGAAUGUAAGGUCAAACAUGUCACGGCUAGGCAGACAUUCAAUAAUAUAAGGUCAAACAUGUCUCUGCUAUGGCAGACAUUCAAUAAUAUAAGGUCCAUCAUGUCUCUGAUAUGGCAGACAUUCAAUAAUAUAAGGUCCAUCAUGUCUCUGCUAUGGCAGACAUUCAAUAAUAUAAGGUCCAUCAUGUCUCUGCUAUGGCAGACAUUCAAUAAUAUAAGGUCCAUCAUGUCUCUGCUAUGGCAGACAUUCAAUAAUAUAAGGUCCAUCAUGUCUCUGCUAUGGCAGACAUUCAAUAAUAUAAGGUCCAUCAUGUCUCUGCUAUGGCAGACAUUCAAUAAUAUAAGGUCCAUCAUGUCUCUGCUAUGGCAGACAUUCAAUAAUAUAAGGUCCAUCAUGUCUCUGCUAUGGCAGACAUUCAAUAAUAUAAGGUCCAUCAUGCCUCUGCUAUGGCGGACAUACAAGAUUAUACGAUAAAACAUGUCUCUGUCUCUAAGCUACUUAUCUAUCGCCAUUGAAACAAAACCAUUAAAAUAAAUGGAGCCGGACACUUCGCCUGAUCUCAAUUCGUCAGUUUUCCUCAUCAUUGUGAUUUCCGUAGACAGAAGUCUGAUUUUAACAUCGAAACACCGGACCUUGCAUUUCAACGCCCAUGCAGGUUUGCGAGAAUUAGUCGAACGAUUCGUAAGGCGUGCAGAAUAUGGAUCAUGUUUUGUCACCUUUUUCUGAAGAAUCCAUUAUGAUUAGCUGAUAUAAUGACUUGGUAGUUUUGGUAAUAAACACAGUCACGUGCUACAGAACAGAAAAAGUCAGUAGGCAGACAUCAGCAAAAAACAAACAAACAAACAAACAAAAACAAACAAACAAAACAAAACCCAAAGCAAAUGUAAUGAUGAGGUAAUUACAGGGCGUUACAUUCAAAUACACUGUCUCAAAAUCUUACUCCUGGUUGUGACUCCACCUGCUGCCUCUGGCAUGUCGGUGUCAUAAGGUAAGGUGCAAUCUAGGUUAUUUCUGUACAUAGCAAGAGUGUUUUUUGUUGGUUGUUUUUUUUUUGUUGGUUGUUUUUUUUUGUUGUUGUUGUUGUUUUUCUUUUUUUGUUAUGAGUGUUGGAGGUGGGGGGGAUUUUGGCGACAUUUUUUUGUUUGGAAAGUGCUUCUGUAACCGUGAUUUCAACCCAGGGUUGUCCUCCGAUACUUUUCAAGCCAGGGUUGUCCUCCGACACUCCAAUCAACCCAGGGUUGUCCUCCGAUACUCCAACCAACCCAGGGUUGUCCUCCGAUACUCCAACCUACCCAAGGUCCACAAGGGAAGGUUGUUUAUUUACGUCACGCGUAUAACACAAGACGCUACCCCCCCAAAAAAAAAAUGGUUGGACACAGCAAUUACACACUAGCGUGCGGUGCUAAUGGUAGAUACUACACACCAGCGUGCCGUGAUAAUGGUAGAUACUACACACCAGCGUGCCGUGCUAAUGGUAGCUAUUACACACCAGCGUGCCGUGCUAAUGGUAGCUAUUACACACCAGCGUGCCGUGCUAAUGGUAGCUAUUACACACCAGCGUGCCGUGCUAAUGGUAAAUACUACACACCAGCGUGCCGUGCUAAUGGCAGCUAACCGUAACAAGUUUUGUCUACGCUGGAAUCACCCAACACCCCCCCCCCGCCCCCUUUUAGCCAAAGAAACGAGAGAAACACUGCCUGCUCGCCAUUGGUGACGAGUCCAAAGUACGAGCAGUUCGAUUGAUAACGCAAUUUCAAUUUAUUGAUUUCCAACAUAAUUGCCCGGGUAGAUUAUAUUGUCAUUUUAAGUUAUUUUGGAAAUUUUUUUUUGUUACUGUUGGUAACAUGCUCCUACCCUCCACACUUAACAAAAGACAACCCCCCAUCACUGGCCAACAAGCAAACACACGAAGAUUAAGCGGAGCCUAUGUCACAUUACCUAAGGUGGAUGAAACUAACAUGAAGGCAAGAUUUGUUAUAAAGGACACAAUCACAAAGUUACAAAGUGGCUCCCAGAAAUCUUUCGUGGUUCCCAGUAAUCUCCCGUGGUUCCCAGUAAUCUCCCGUGGUUCCCAGUAAUCUUCCAUGGUUCCCAGUAACUGAGCCGUUCUUAGGAGUUUGGGGGCCCUAAGCAUGGAGCCUAGGUUGGGGGCUCCGGAAGGGGGGGGGGUCCGGGGGUGGAGCUCCAGUGAGCUGAAGAUAAAACACCACCCACCACUGCGGCACCUCCAUUCUGCCUUCAUCAAUGUUUCCUCUUUCCCAUUCCCACGGCCAAGCCCCCGAUUUCCUGUCUGCCACCCCCAAAGCCCCCCCCCCUGCUGCGUCCCUUCCCCUGCCUCCGAAUUCAACUCCGAAUGAUAAAUUUCAAGAUGAGGAAGGUAACGCGGGUGACACAGACGGCUGCAGUGCCAGUUAAAAAAACCUGGGGAUCGAGGGCGCCUCACAGAGGCCCCCUCACGUUCGGGGCCCUAUGCGGAUGCGUAGUCAGCGUAUGCCUAAGAACGGGCCUGCCAGUUAUCUCCCGUGAUUCCCAAUAAUCUCCCGUGGUUCCCAGUAAUUUCCUGUGGUUUCAAGUAAUCUCCCGUGGUUCCCAGUUAUAGUAUAUCCUCAUUAUUGUUUUAAAAUGCCAUUGACAUAGUUAUCUUGUGGGCUGGUUGUCUCGUGGGCUGGUUGUCUCGUGGGCUGGUUGUCUCGUGGGCUUGUUGUUUCGUGGGUUGGAUGUCUCGUGGGUUGGUUGGCUCGUGGGCUGGUUGUCUCGUUGGCUGCUUGUCUCGUGGGUUGGUUGUCUCGUGAACUGUUGUCUCAUCGGUUAUUUUAAAGACCAGAAAAUGCCGAGCUUAAUGAACAACUACAAGGACUCUCUGUAGACUGGGUUUCAAACCGCUUGAGCCUGCAAUUUAACAAAAAGCAUGAUUGAACUAUAACACUGCAAUGCGUUACAAGUAAGUGAGUUACUGGCUGGCACCAGGCUCACCAGAUGUCACAUCCUAUCACAUUGAAUUAAAAACGAUGGAUAUAAAAUUUGGAAAUUUUUAAACAAUUAUUUCCGCCCUAUGAUGAGCAAACUGCUGAUGCCUGGGUGCCGAAGCACACGUUUCUUACUACUGGCUCAAUAAACACAUGUAGCUGACUACUGUCUAAAUACAAGAUACGUGCAAUAAAUCUUGACUCAGCGGAUUCACUCUUAGAACUGAUCAGUUUCACAUUCUUAUAUCUUUUCAGACUUGUCAUACGUUAAUACUUAUUCAACUAUGGAGGCGGAUGUGACGUCAGUUCCUGCUGUUAACGAGACUCUCGAAAGCGACGCCCCUGCUGACAUUGAUGAGAACAAUGAAGCCGGCAAAAAGAGGACCCAGAAGAAAACGCCGCCGGCUGAGCUUGGCUCCGUGCUGGAGGAGCUGCAGAAGCAAGCCGAAAACUUAAUGCUGUCGGAUUCCCGAAGCGGCUCAUCGGCCUCACGACCCACCAGCAUGGCGAGGGAACGGUCGCUGCUUGGGGACUCGGAUCGCAUCCUCAGGAAGUACAACAAAUCGGACGACGAGCUGAUGAAAGAGUUUCUGAAGCGACGUGGGCUGGAUGACCCCGACAAAAACGACUUGACCCCGUUGAUUUGCUGCUCGCUGCAAGGGAAGAUCCAACUUGUGGCCAAACUGCUGGAGAUGGGCGUGGACAUGAAUGCGGCGAACUGCGCGGGAACCACAGCGCUGAUUGCGGCGGCGGCGUCCGAAAAGGUGGAUGUCGUGAAGCUGCUGCUGCAGAACAACGCCAAGGUCAACGUGGUGGACGCGCGCGGCAACAGCGCGUUGAUGAUUGCCAUCUUGACAGGAAACGAGGAGCUGAUCCAACUGCUGAUAGAGAAAGGAGCGGAUGUCCACGUCAAGAACGUCAGCGGACAGAGCACGUUGAUGCUGGCGGCGUACAAGGGCGCCAGUGAAGUCCUCCAUCUGCUCAUCCAAAAGGGGGCCUCCGUCAACGCGAAGGACAACAAAGGCUGGACGCCCCUGAUGUUCUGCGCACAGUACAACGAGCACGAAACCGUGGCGGCCCUGCUCGACAACAGAGCUGACGUCAACGACGCAGACCUGAGCGGGGCCUCGGCGCUUCACGUCAGUGCCGGAAACGGAAACACGGAAACGGUGCAGCUGUUGUUGAAAUCGGGUGCCGCCGUCGACAAGAUUGAUAAGAGAGGAAGCACCGCGCUGAUGCAGGCGUGCUUCGGUGGUUGCCAAGCUUGUGUCGAGGAGCUCCUCGGGGCGCAUGCCUCUGUCAACGCAUGCGACGGCACGGGCUCGACCGCCCUGCACCUCGCGGCUCACGGGGGGUACAACGAGAUCGUGGCCGUCCUGAUAAAAUACAAGGCGGACUUGAACCUGAUUGAUGACGACGGCAACACGGCCAUGACGUGCGCGUGCAUGGGCGGGCAUUACGACAUCAUUCAAAUUCUACUGGCCGGAGGAGCGGACGACCUGAUUAUCAACUACCGCCGAGAGACCGUACUUUCAAUAGCCGUUUGUCUCAGCAGGCCAGACAUUGUGAAAUUGCUGCUUCAUCACCGGCAAACAAAGGGAGCCUAUCCACUGAUUAACUUCAAGGGUGACCGGGGAGUGACCUGUCUUGAAGAGGCAGCAAGACACGGUAACGGGGAAAUAGUUAAUUUGCUGAUUGAAUAUGGAGCGGAAAUAAAUUACAAAGCAAGACCCAUAGGAAGUACUCCCCUGCUUGACAGUGUUACCUGUGGGAGGCUGGGGGUGGUGGAAAUUUUCCUCAAAGCUGGAGCCAAUGCCAAUGUCACGGAUGUCGAAGGGAACACGGCGCUAAUGAAAUCGUCACUUCGAGGAUUCGCGUCUAUUGCUAAAGCUCUGCUAGUGGCAGGGGCAUCCCCCACGUUGUCCAAUGACAAAGGCCGUACGGCCCUGAUGUGCGCGGCCUAUGGGGGCUACGAUGACAUCGUGGAGGAUCUCCACCAACACGGCGCCCCUCUUGACACGGUGGAAGUGGACGGGUGGAAUGCUUUGAUGAUCGGGGCUCAAAACGGCCACCAGGAUGUCGUCUCGGUUUUAGUGGAAAAACAGGCAUCCGUGAACCACGUGAUGACGUACGGCAGGUCGGCAUUAGCCUGCGCCGCUGAGCACGGUCACUCUACCAUAGCGGAGCUCUUGCUGAAACACGGAGCUCCCGUGAACAAAGGUGACGUGGAAGGGGACACGCCGCUGAUUCUGAGCUCACUUAGGGGCCACACCAAGACCGUGCGAGUCUUGAUAAAAAACAACGCCGACCUCGACCGCGCCAACAAGGACGGCCAGACGCCACUUUUCGUCAGCGCCCACGAGAGCCACAAGAAGAUCGUGGAGCUCCUGGUCAACGCCGGGGCCGACGUGAACAAGAGCGACCGAAAGGGGUACACGCCCCUCAUGGCGGCCACGCUGAACAGUCACGUCGACAUCGUGGAGACUCUCUUAGAGACGGGAGCAGACGUGAACGCGGCCGACCGAAAAGCUCGCACCGCGCUUAUGAUGGCGGCCAACAAAGGUCACGCCAAGCUGUUGCAGACACUGAUCGAGAACGGAGCAGACGUCGACGCCCGCUGCGUGGACGGCUGGACGCCUCUCAUGUACAGCUGCCAGUAUGGUUUCACGGAGUGCAUGAAGAUCCUCCUGGACAGCAAGGCGAACGUCAACGCCACGGAUUCUGAGGGCAACUCCGCUCUGUGCGUCUGUGCGGCCAACGGCUUUCUCAAGGCUCUGCGACUUCUGAUCGUGUACGGCGCCACGGCAAGGAGCCAGAACAAGUCUGGGCGGAGCGCUCUUAUUCUAAGCACGUACAACGGAUUCAAGGACAUUGUUCAGUACCUGCUACGGAAGGGGGACGCAAAGAAGACGACCGAGUACGUCGACAAGGAGAGAGGGGACACGGCUCUGACCAUAGCUGCAAGGAAGGGUCACGCGGAAAUCGUCAGCGCGCUGAUACAGCACAGGGCAAAGGUCAACGCCGAGAACAGGAAACUGAGGACCCCGCUCAGCAUCAGCGCCAAAUACGAACGAGGGGAGGUCAUCGAUGAGCUGAUCAGAAGUGGGGCAGACGUGAACAUGCCAGAUAUCAACGGUAACACGCCGUUACUGUUGAGCGCCCCUGGUGGCAACCUAGCCGUUUUGGAAUCUCUCCUGAACGCAGGGGCGGAUGUCAACAAAGAAAACAACAAGGGCGAGAGCGCGCUGCUGUUGGCAGCCAAACAGGGCUGUCGUCUGGCCGUGCAGCUGCUCUUAGAUAAAGGUACCUUUGAUAACACUACUGAUAAAAGUUAGAGCACAAUAAUGAUUUUUUUCUUUUGGGGCGUUAAAUUUUGACUGGAAGAAAAUGGCGUUCAUCAGUUUUAAAUCCGUUGCAACACCGAGUCUGCGUUGUAAAAAAAAAGUAUUAUUAUGCGUCCAAAAAAUUCAAUCUGACUCCGUUCAUUGUUUUAUAUUUACAAGCUGUCUUGGUCCUUUGUUAUAUAUUUACAAUUGGUCUUGGUUCAUUGUUUUAAAUUUACAAUCUGACUUGGCUCAUUGUUUUAUAUUUACAAUCUGACUUGGCUCAUUGUUUUAUAUUUACAAUCUGACUUGGCUCAUUGUUUUAUAUUUACAAUCUGACUUGGCUCAUUGUUUUAUAUUUACAAUCUGACUUGGCUCAUUGUUUUAAAGUCUUCUAAUCUAUCCAGGUUCAUUCUUUUUGGUUUUCAAUCUGUCUUGGUUAAUUAUUUUAGACUCUAGCCAUCUGCCUUGGCUCAUUGUUUAAUUGGUUUGUACUUUUAGGGUGAAAGACUUACUAUACAUUUCGAUGGUAACCUGCCCGUCUUACUAUAGUAGGUCUUUAUUUGUUACAUUCCUCAUUUGAUUUGCUGUCGCUCUCUCUCUCUCCCUCUCUCUCUAAGGUGCUAAAGCUGAUUGCUGUGACAGGUCAGGCAGAAGUCCUAUCUCCAUAGCCAGGAAAAAUGGACACGACGAGAUUGUGGAGAUGUUGACCUCAGCUACGGGAGGAGUGGCGGGUAAGGGAAGCAAUUCUUUCAGGACGCGCUUGGUUGGACCGUUAUGAUUUGGCAGAUUAAUAACAAUCUCACAACUGGUUCCGCUUUCUGGAACGGGUCACGCCCACUUUAUGAAUGCAUUGGACAUGCCCACUUUAAGAUGUAGGGGGGGGGGGCACGCUCACUUUAAGAUAUAUGGGAUUAUGAGACACGCCCACUUUAUGAUUGAUAGGACACACCCAUUUUAAGACGUAAAUAAUGACAAACUCAGAACGGGAGUGAGUACGUCACGCCCAUGCACCGCUAAAACAAAAAGCCACAAUGCCACCCCCCCCCCUAAAAAUAAAGAAACAAAAUAGGCUUAUAUAUAAAUUUUACAAUAUAUUUGUGUGUGUGUGUGUGUGUGUGAAUAGCGAUCGUCUUAAAAUAAUAUAUUAUAUAUGAAAUUAAUAUAUAUAAAAUGUCAAAGUUUCCUCGCCAGAGUCCGGGGGUCACCAGCAAGAGGUCAGUUCGACGUCAUCGAGAGACAUGCGCCCCAUGACCGCGGGGCGUGUCAGGUCCGGUGCUGGUGUAAGGAGUAUCACGUCAAUGCGAGGUUUGAGGUACGUGUGGCCCGCAUGGAAAGAAGAAGAAAAAAACAAAGUCGUGUCUUACGCUAAUUUAAACCCAGUCCUCCUGCUCUGUGUCUGGAAGUUGCAUACACGACGCAAUCAUUAUGUUCGUUAAAAUGCUGAGCUUGAUAAAUGACGGCGAGAAAAUAAACUAUUAGUCAGUUUGGUUUGUUUCGUUAUUCUUUGGUGAACCCAUUUCUGUUGUUGUUUUUUUAAAGUGUACGUUUUAAUUGAUAUUCUCAUUUACCCAUUCUCUAAAACACAAACCCUCAAUGUUUCUAUUCUUAAAAUGUAGUCGAAACUGCAGCAUAAGUUCCGCCUCCUCUGAAGACGAUACUGUACUCGCUAUCAGGAACGCCAUCAACGUAGCGGCCCUGACCCCAGACAGGCUCGAGGGCUCUGUCAGAUUUGAGAUAGGCGCUGAAGAUCUGUGAGUGCUUGCACUUUAAUGUUUUGUUGUUGUUGUUUUUUUCAUUGGGUUAUAGAAAACAUCUGACACAUGACUGGCAUUAUUUGUGACCAUCUUCCGGUGGCGGAGCUAGGGGUCGUGCAGAUCGGGGCGUGCCAGAUGUGUUCCGCCCCCUUAACACUAAAAAGCAACCCAAGAUGCCACCUUUAGAUAUAAAGAAAAAAAAAAGUAAAAAAAAGGGGGGGGGGGCAUUUUUACUUUUUGAGGUUGGAAGCUUGAAGUUACAUAUACAAAUUAAGCUGUAACACUUUCCACAAUGGUCUAAUAUAUAUUAUAAUUUUAAGUGGAGUUUAAACAAUAAAGUCCCCUGCUGAUUAUGAUGUACCGUAUAUUGUAAUUGUAAGUGGAGUUUAAACUAUUAAGUCACCUGCUAAUUAUGAUGUACCGUAUAUUGUAAAUUGUAAGUGGAGUUUUAAACUGUUAAGUCCCCUGCUGAUUAUGAUGUACCGUAUAUUGUAAUUGUAAGUAGAGUUUUAAAAUAUUAAGCUUCCUGCUUAUAAUGAUGUACCGCAUAUUGACAUUUUAAGUGGAGUUUUAACUAUUAAGUCGCCUGCUAAUUAUGAUGUACCGUAUAUUUUUAAUUGUAAGUGGAGUUUUAAACUGUUAAAAGUCGCCUGCUGAUCCAAAUGUUUGUUUCCAACAGUGACGCGGAUGCCUUCCUUCAAGCGCGCAGACGUGUCGCCUUGGACUCUGACAAUGGGAGUGAGGAUAUCGAGGACGACGAUAUCCCUAUUGAGGACGAGGAUAUCCCUAUUGAGGACGAGGAUGGCGCUGAAGAUGAUGAAGAUAAUGAUCCGGACUACGAUAAUCCUGGCCUGGAUGGCUAAUCACGUCGUCGGCUCAACUUCGCCUUAAAGGGGGAAAACCACAACUAUUGCCUAUCUUAAAAAGUCAGGCAUCAGAGGGGGAAAAAAAAUACAACUGUUGCCCAUCGAAAGUCAGGCAUUAGUGGGAAGAGCACAAUACAUUUUUGCCGUUACCUUUAUAUUUAAAAUUUAAAAAAAAAACGAGUUGUGGUUUGUUUUUUUUUGUCCCUGUUAUAGUGGAGCAUUAUAUCCCGGUCCCCUGAAAAGGGAAAGUUAUCCACGCUAUUGGAUAGGAGUCAAAUGAUCUCAAGUUUCUUCAUGAUUUGACAACGAGUAAAAAAUAUUUUUUUUAAAAACCUGAAGUUUUUAUGAUGGUAGAUUUUGUUGUAUUUAUUGUGUGCAGCUUCGACAUUCGAACAGCCUUUUGUUGUAAUUGUUGAAUAUUUUUUAUUGGUGUGGUGCUUCUCCACCAUGUACGUGUAGAUGAAUGGUGUAUUAGCCUGUUGUAUUAUUGUUUGAAGAAACACUUCUUUAUGCUUGUAAGAG